CCAGAUUCACGACCUCCACGAUUUUGAGAAAGAAGAAUAAUGGCUGAAAAAGUUGCGACGAAUGCGAGGCAUAUGAGCGAGAAGGAAUUGACUGAGGAUGGGAGGAAGAUCCUUGAGGAGGGGGAGACGUUUGGAGUCAACCCGACAUUUGCGGCGAUUAUGGUGAAGCAUAAGCCGAAUCCCUGGGGGAAGGGACAUUUGAUGCUUUAUUUGCUGUGUACGGUAUGCUUUCUGAACUCGACAAUGAGUGGUUUUGACAGCUCCCUUAUGGGCUCCAUCAACGUCUUGGAAAACUACACGAACUAUUACAAUUUGCCUAGCAAAGGCACGACGUCCACUGGUAUUGUUUUCUCCAUCUUCCAAAUUGGCCAGAUGUGCGCUGCGCUGUUCGUCUGGAUCGCCGACUGGCUAGGCCGCAAAUGGUUCAUCUUCAUUGGUACAAUUGGUGUCAUUGUGGGCGCAAUUGUAACGGCAACUGCGCAGACGCUGCCAACGUUCAUUGGAGGCAGAUUUUUGCUGAGCUUCUUUGCAACGUGUGCUUGCUCUGCAAGCCCGCUUUAUCUAGUCGAGGUCGCACCACCACAGUAUCGAGGGACGCUCGCCGGAUUGUACAACACUUUUUACUACUUUGGCUCAAUUCUAGCCACUUCAUCCGUCUAUGGGGCCCACAAGCAUCUUUCUCACAAGGGCAACAUCGACUGGCGCCUCCCCCUUUGGCUCCAAAUGGUUUGCCCCGCCUUCGUCUCUCUUGUAAUUCUCUCCUUCCCCGAGUCACCCCGUUGGCUCGUAGGUAAAGACCGGCAUGAAGAAGCCCGCGCAUUCCUCGUCAAAUAUCACGCCAAUGGCGACCCAGACCAUCCUCUCGUCAAUCUGGAAAUGGCCGAGAUGAUCGACUCCCUCCAACGGGACCCUGUCACUAAUUGGCGCAAUUUCUUCAACUUGAGAGUCUUGUUCAAGACGAGGGCGAGACGGUACAGAACCAUGUUGAAUAUGACCUUUGCAUGGUUCGGACAAUUUUCAGGGAACAAUGUUGUUUCGUACUAUCUGCCAUAUCUGCUGGCUAAUGUUGGGAUUAAGGAUGCUGAUACAAAGCUCCUUCUCAACAUCAUUUACGCUAUUGUAGGCUACAUAUUUUCGUCUGUGGGCGCAAGGAUGCACGAUGUUAUUGGGCGUCGGAAGAUGUUGCUAGGGGCUACCGCUGGACUCAUCGUCUCGCUCUCCGUUACGGCAGGAACAGCUGCCGGAUACGUCAAUACUGGGAGCAAGGCUUCGUCAUCUGCGUCCAUUGCGUUCAUCUUCGUCUUUGGUGCCAUCUUUGCUUUUGCAUUCACGAGCAUGCAACCGAUCUAUCCAGCUGAAGUCAUGGCAAACGAUAUGCGAGCUAAAGGAAUGGGAACUUAUAAGAUUACUGGUGGCUGUGCAGGUUUUAUCAACACCUUCGCUGCGCCUAUCGCGCUAACAAACAUCGGAUACUGGUUCUAUGUCUUCUUUGUCUUCUGGGACUGCUUCGAGUUCUUCUUCAUGUAUUUCUUCUUCGUCGAGACGAAGGGACUCACGCUCGAGGAGAUGGAUGAAAUAUUUGAAGCAAAGAACCCGAGGAAGGCAAGUACGGACGUGAAGAAGGUUAAGAUUAGGACGGUGUUGGGUACAGAUGGGAAGGUUGAGGAGGAGGUUGGUGUUUGA